AUGGCUUACGUACUCUGGCGGGUCUUUAUGAAGAAAUACUCGAAGGUGCGGCUGGGGCUCAGGAAUCUGCCGGUAAUACCGGCCGAGCGUCGAGGGCCAGAAAGAGAAGAGACCUGGACCCUAGCCCCGGACCACCAUGACCCAUGCUCGUUCUUCGACGACAUCUCGGAUAUCAAACAGUCGAAACCAGUCCACGAUGCAGACAGCGUGCAAUCUCGGAUCACGGUGGACGAAUCGAGCGAGGUCCCCGAGUCUGGGACCCUGCCCCGAAGCCAGGAGACCAGGAAGAGCAAGACGAAGAAGGUGAAGAGCUACCUGAGGAAGUGCAAGGGUGCUCUCUCCAAGAGCGACGAGGCUUCCUCCGACAAGAAGCGCCAUGAGCACUGCACUUCUUGGUACCUGGACGAGUCUCACCAAGAGGACAUGGAAGUCCUUUUUCAGAAACAGUCUGAGUUUCUAGACGAAAGGAUCGUGGAGGCCGAAGAGGCCUCCAUCUUGAUCCCGGAUGAGACUUCGGAGGACAUAGCAAACCUCCCAGGCGACCCUCCAACGAACCUUGCGAAGGACGAUGGUGAUCAAACAGGGUACGAAAUUCUCUCGAAACUAGCCGAGGAUGACCAAAGAGGUGACCUAAGAAGAAGUCGGACGUCCCUGUAUGAGGAUGCCAGAGACUCCAUGAACGACAGAGACUGCGCAGUGGAGGAGACCAGCUGCGCGGCCAUUAAGCCGGAGAGGAACGACGCUGUCUCUCUAGAGACGCUGACCACGGAGGACACGAAUCUGAACAAGUGCGACUCGAACGACACUCUGAUAGCGGAAGUGGUGGUGACCGGUGCCGAUGGUCCGCCCCUGGUCGACGUGGAUGAGGGAAAGGAGGAAGAGACGCGCGACCAGGAGUUGGACGGCGAAACACUGCGGGCUUUGUCGCUGGUCGGGGGUCGCGGAGACGUGGCGUCGCUGGUGCGGAACCUGCUCGGGCCGAUCUACGGCGACGGCGUUAUCAACCUGCUGAUAAGGCAGGCCCGUGACAUCCUGGUGUGCGCCUAUCACGGCAACCUGGACACCUUCCUGAGGACCUAUCUGUCCCCGGCCGCGUGCCUGCUGGCGGAAGUGAAGUCGGUGGCCUCCGAAACGGGGAACGAGUCGGUGAUACCGGAAGGCUGGCCUCUGACGUUAGGCAGACGUGGCCUCGUCCUGCAGCUAGGAGAGCUAGAAGCCUCCGCACUACGUCUCGGGGAAUGUUACCUCUGCAUACGCAGCGCAGCUGCAGUUGCAACCACCUCGGGGAGCGGCGAAGCUGCCGCUGGUGAAACCGUCGAGCGGAAUACCGUCGAGAUCGCAGUAGUUUGGCGAACGACGUCGAUGAGGGCCCCAGGGUUCCUCGGCUGGGACCGCGAGGAGGAGUUCAUGGACUGGCGGGAGGUGUCUCGCAAGGGGCAGGGGAGCACCGGCGCGGCGGGCAACAGCCUUGCUGGGCCGCAAUCGUCGAGUACCGCGAAGAGCAUGCGGCCCAGGCGACGUUCGCGCGAGGAGGCUCGCUCGAGGACACGCGAUCAGGGCUGCGCGUUCGAGCACCGCCGCGAGGAGACGCGGUCGAUCGACCGGUUCGAGUGCAAGAGCUCGAACGAGGGGCGCGACAUCGACGCCGAGGUGGACGCCGGUCACGCGGUGAUGAAGUCCAGGUCAACGUCGAGCGUGGGCACGUGGAAGGCGGAGCUGGACGAGUCGAACGGGACGUCGACGCGGCCAAGCUCGAACCACUCUUCUAGUCUUUCCAGCGACGAGUGUCGCGCCAAAGUGAAGAGGUGCGCCAAGGUCGUCUCGUCGAUGACCAUGGAGAAGUGGAAAGAGACGACCAGGUGCGAGACCAGGAGCAAAGCACUGGCUCCGGACGACCUGAAGACUCCUCUGCGGCUGGACGAGGCUGUGCUGGAGCAGAAGCAGGAGGGGAGUCUCGCGAACGACCUGGAGAACAGGCUGCAGAGCCUGAGGAAUUUGGAUGACGUCGGAGACGACGAGUUGCCGGCGUUUAUCGGCAACCUGUUGGUCUCCGUAGAGAGGAAGAUUGAGAGGGUCUCCUUGGACGACCUGACGUUCCCCUGUCCGGCGUGCAGGAACAUAGACACCGACGACCCUCUGCUGGGCUGCAGGUGCGCCGGAGAGGACUGCGGCUGCGUCGCAGGCGAGGAUGUUUGCGAUUGUUCGUCCUCGGCGAAGACGAGGAAGGAACAGUCGACGAGGAGCUUCGAGAUUGCUGGGAUCAAGCACAUCGACAGCGACGACGAGGAAGAGGUGCGGAUGGGAUUCGGAACGAAAAAGAGAGUGGACGACGUGGUAGCGCCCAGGACCAUUCACGACAUACCGGAACACGUUCUCACGUGCGGCCUCACGCUUCCUGGCUGCACGGAUGCCCACGGCAGACCCGUUCUCGAGUUCGAGGACGAGCCGUCCAGGAGAGACGCAAUCUCUGUCAAAGACCUGUCGUCGUUUCUACUCUACCUCGCUCGUUUGCCCAGCUCCGACAUCGCCAGCAACGGAUUCACCCUUCUUGUCCGAGGACACGCUCCAGAGUGCCUCGAGUUCCUUGACAAGGUCCUCACUGUCGUGCAGGGACGAGUGAACGUUUCCCACGCCCUGCUGCUGCAAAGCUCUGUCACGGAGGACUCGAUCGAAUCGCAGUUACCUUUGAGCCGUGUCAAGACGACCGUCGUCGACGAGGGCGCUUUGAGAGAGCACAUUCCCAGGCGGGAGCAGAGCCACGACCAGGCCCAGUGGAUCGCGUUCUAUAAGGACUACGAUGUGCUAAUGACGGAAUGGCAGUCGGCUGGUCGCAGACUGGCCCUGGAGAUGUCGGAGCUGAAGGAAUGCAGCAGCCUGUCAGGCACCUUGACGCCUCUCGGUCGGCUCCUCACGGAUCCCACAUUGAGAAGAACGUCCAGAGAUGCCGAGGAGGCGAUCGCCUCUCUGGAAGAGCGCGCGGCGCCACUGCUGCACCUCGAGCACGUCAGAUUGUCGGUGAAACGGGCACGGAGGCUGGUGGAGGAGGUCGGGAACGCAGCCACCAGGCUGGAGUCGUCGUUCGAGUCGCGACGCGCCACCAUUCGCAACCUCGCGGUUCUCAGGAGUAUCGAGGACCAGGCCCACGAGGUGUUAUCCUGGUUCUGCAAGAAAGGCGAGGACGUGCUAUCGAAACACGGGCAGCACGCGGCGACGAGCCUAACAGCAGCACGGCUUCACGAGAGAGAAUUCGAAAAGUUCUACUUCACGUCGAUGAGACAUCUUGACAAAGGAAGCGACCUUGCCGAGGCGGCGAGUGCGAGUGGGCUGCGCGAGCUCGCAAGAUCCUUGAAGCACCACCUUCGAGGAUUCGGUUCCCGUCUGGAGGACAGGCGCGAGUACCUCGAAGACACGUCGAGAUGCUGCCUGCUCCAAGACCGGGCGUACGAGUGGGCCCAGGAGGCCCGUCUCGCCGGCGAACGGGGGGCCCAGCAGUUCCUCAUGGCCAGACCACCCCUGCCGCCCGAGCAUUUCACGGAAAUGAUGGCGCUGGCCGAGAAGCUCGGUAACGAGAUCCUUCUGGAACAAUGCCGUAUCGCCAGGAACAAGUGCGCGGAAGCGCUAGAGAUGGCGAGGACCACUUCCGCACCAGGCAGCCCUGCCAGAAGGAGAUCCUUCGCUGCCUCGGAGUCUGCUACCUCCUGGGAGGACAGUCUGACCAAGAGAACUUCGUGGGAUGACAGUGACAGCAGCGCAUCGUACACUUGUCCCAUGGAGAGCGUAGGGUCGGCAGGAAGUGGCGGUCGACCAGUACUGGACAACAUCGCAGAGCUUCGAGAGAGCGCCGAACAGCUGCUCGAUUGCUCUCCACCGAGGACACCACCCCGAAGUCCGGCUCCGAGGCGGCUGGUGAAACCACCGGUGAACUCGCACCUUCACAGAGCCGCCAGCAUUGCUCCUGGAAUGAAAGCGAAGAAAACAAUACUGCUCAUAAUGAGGGAAAUGAUACAGACCGAACGAGACUACGUGAAGUCUCUCGAGUACAUAAUAGAGAAUUAUAUCCCGGAGCUGGUGCGGGAGGACAUUCCUCAGGCGCUCAGGGGACAGCGCAACGUGAUCUUCGGCAACGUCGAGAAGAUAUACGAGUUCCAUAGUCAUUAUUUCCUGCGGGAACUGGAACAGUGCGAGCAGUCGCCGAUGAAUGUGGGACAGUGCUUCCUCAGACACGAGAAGAAGUUCUACCUUUACGCGCUGUACAACAAGAACAAGCCAAAUUCGGAUUCCCUGAUGGCUGAGUAUGGCACCGCGUUCUUCAAGCAGAAGCAGCUCGAGCUCGGCGACAAGAUGGACCUGGCUAGUUACCUAUUGAAGCCGGUUCAGCGAAUGGGAAAGUACGCGUUGUUGCUGCAGCAGCUGGUGAAGGCAGGCACCGAUCUAUCGGAACAAAUGUCCGGCAAAGACGAGAAGGACGAAAAGGACGACAGUAUGAAACCGAUGGUCGAGGGGGAGACUGACUUGAGGGCGGCCGAGCAGAUGGUGCGAUUCCAACUACGGCACGGAAACGACCUGCUGGCGAUGGAUUCCCUGCGAGAUUGCGAUGUGAACGUGAAGGAACAGGGCAGGCUGCUUCGUCAAAACGAGUUCUUGGUAUGGCAGGGUAAAGGCAAGAAGUGCCUGCGACAGGUUUUCCUUUUCGAAGACCUUAUCCUCUUCAGCAAAGCGAGAAGAUUCCCCGACAGGAAGAACCUCGAUAUCUACAUCUACAAGCACAGCAUCAAAACGACGGACAUCGGGUUAACCGCCGUAAUUGCGGACUCACCUACAAAGUUCGAGAUUUGGUUCCGCAAGAGGAAACCAGGCGACACGUACACGUUGCAGUGUGCAAGCGAGGACAUUAAGAAAGCCUGGACGGAGGAACUGAGCAACCUUUUAUGGAAGCAGGCGCUGCGAAACAGAGAAGUGCGCCUGGCGGAGAUGUCGAGCAUGGGCAUCGGAAAUAAACCUUGUUUGGACAUUAGGCCUAGCGCGGAUCAGAUCAAUGAUCGUUCUAUUAGUGUAGCUCAACUCUCGAAAACACCUAGAUUUAGAAACUCGAUAGCGGUAUCAAUGACAGAGGACUCGGGGCGCUGCAGUAGGAGGCCACACAGCGUAAUUUCCGUCAGUUCAUCAUCGAGCAGCGGCGGAAGUAGCGGCCCUCCUACAACGUUGAACCUCGGUUUGGAUACCAGUCCUCGACCUCAUCAUCGUAGCACCACGCUUAACAGUCAGUGUAGCGUUGAAAGUGGGAUAAUAGCUGAUAUCUCGAUCGUCUCGGAUGACGGUGGCGACGGAACCGAAAGAAGUCACUGGAACUCGACUUUAGAAAGCCCCACGUCUCAUCUGCCAACGACGUCGACGCCUCUCCAAUCACCGACCAGCGCAACCGCGACUGCAACAAUUACCUCGGCUUCUUCGUCCGACACGAAUCUCACCAAUCUCACUUACGACCAAGACAUGUCCAUUAAUUUAUAAGUGUCACCCCUGAAAAGGGCGGCACGGCUCUGAUAUAGAAGAGUAUAUAUUAUAUAUAUAUACAUGUUGUGGAUUCACUUGCAAGUUGUCUUAUAGUGAAUGCAGUGUGACUCACCCGAAUUGCAUACAGUUUUUCAUUGGAAAGUGGCGACGUCCACGUACAUACGUGUAACUGAAUAGAGAGUAUUAGAGCGCGUAUUUUUCUUGGGCAAUCAUAGCUCGACGAAUGACCACGAGCUAUGAAGCGACGUGUACCACGUCGUAAAUACAGUCCAAUAGAUCGCUGCAUUACGCUUAUCACGUGAGUUCCGUAACGAGCGCCUGUUGCAAUGCAUUUAAGACAAACUCUGGGCUGUGCGACAGAGUUUGUAAAGAGGC